AUGACCGUCUACUAUAGGGUCGCCUUGGGCCAGGGAAUUGAGUCGGUCUUCUCAGGGUGGAGCCGGCUCAAGGGCUCGGUCUGUUAUCCACUGGGAACUACACACAUUGCUCCGUCGGUUGUUGUCUGUCUCCUCUAUCCAACCUCCUCCUACAAGACGUGGGAUUACAGCCAAGCACUGUCGGACUUCAAUUCGUCCAGGACCCAGACGCUGAGCACGCUGAGCAACUAUAGUCGCACCCUGAGCCCUUCGGAUGUGAACUUCCUCAAGAACACGGACCCAGGCGACUCGGGCGCCGAGACAAACAGCAAAGUUGCGGUAGCAGCCGCCAGCACUUCCGGCGGGAACAUCCUCGUCGACUUGAGCGUCAUCGUUGUCGGACUGUGCGUGAAGCCCAGUGCGAAGCAAGGUGCGCCGACGCGUGCCCUGAGCCCGCAAUCCGCGCUGCUCAAGCUGAAGACCGACCUGCCGAGUUCGCAUGAUCGAGAACAUGAGGCAUAG